UAAAUGGUAAUAAAAAUAGUUCAAUAAUAAUAAAAAGAUGCGGAAAAGUUUCUCUGCGUUCUGACUUUUUUGUUUAAUGGUUAUUAUGUGUAUGAUAUAUUUCAGACAUUUUCACGUUACGCCAAAAAUUGAUAUCGAACAAAUAUAAAAAAGUAGGAUAAAACUAUUACAUUCGAUAAUGGCUAUUAUGUUACUUUAUGUUGAGUUUUUGACGAAAACAGAUAAGAAUUACUAAAUAGAAUGUUAACCUUGAAAAUGUAAUUGUUACAUUUUCCAAGUGUUUAGUACUAUGAUAGUAAAAUAAUAAUAAAUUCCGUUUUUUAGUAACAAUAAAUUGCAAUUAUUCAGAAAUAAAAUUUAUAUUUGUCAAAGAAUAAUUGUGAGAAAAAUCGAUAUGGAUAUAAGUGGUAUGCGACACGAGUAUAACACCAGAAUCAAUUUACUUUUAGAGGAAAAUCUGCAGUCGAAAGAUCCCUUUGUUAUUUUUGAUCAAUGGUUUAAUGAAGCAAAGAAAUGUGAUAAAAUAAUUGAGCCGAAUGCUAUGUGUCUUGCUACUGCUAAUAAGAAUAGUGUACCUUCUGCAAGAUUUGUUCUUUGUAAAGGUUAUGGAAAUAAAGGCUUCAAAUUUUUCACUCAUUAUACUAGUAGGAAAGGACAGGAAUUGGAGGAAAAUCCACAGGCAGCCUUGACAUUCUAUUGGGCUCCAUUUAGUAGAUCGGUAAAAUCUUGUUCUUUUAAUAUAUUAAUUACGCAUGACAUUAAUUAUAACACAUGCUAACAAUUGAUUACAAUUUACUGUAGUAUAUUUUUUGCGAGUGAAAGGAAUUACCUUGUGGAUAACCUUUAAGCUUCAUUUAUUAUUUUAAUAAAUGAAAAUAAA